CGGUGUUUGCGUUGGUUCAGUCCAUUGUCGGCUUUGCGUCGGUAACGACGAUCGGUUCCAUCGCGGCGCGCUCCUCCCUCGAUUCGUUAGAUGUCUGGAAAACUUGAAAACAUGUACUAGUAGAUCAAUUUUUUUCAGAAUUCAGUGCAUGCUGGAAGCACGAGCUGGACGCGAACUUGAAUGGAAUUGGGCAAAAUGACGGUUGUGAUGUGCUUCAAUCGGUUACUUAACAACCGAAUGAGUUCGUGACAUAUUGUCAAUGUGCGAUGUGUGAUAAUAAGUGGAUUUGAAAAAAAUGUGUAUGAAUGUUUUAAAAACAUAUCGGAUGUAUUGAUAAAUCAAAUGUGAAAACAUCAUCAACGGCAAAGAAAACGUGCAGCGAUCUUCAACGACACGUGCUGUGGCUUAGUAGUGUGGAAAACAGUUGGUCGAUUUUUCAUUCGCUUCCAUCAUGAAGCUGGGCAAGAUCUUCAAUCACAAGUUUGUGCUCGGCAGUUGCAAUCUCAUAUUCAUGUUAUGUGGCGUUACACUGCUUGCUACAGGGUUCUACAUGUUCACCGACGCUCCUCGGAUAUUACUCUCCCGAUUGUUGAUCUCCGCAACCGAACACUACAAAACUGCGCUUUCAGAACUGGAGCAGCCCCUGUUCUACUAUGUAGCUUUGGGUCUUACCGUGGCAGGCCUGGUAGCCAUAACUGCCGCGCUUCUGGGAUGCUGGGCAUCCUGCAUGAAUACGUACUGUGUACUUACCAUCUAUUUCCUCAUAAUUCUUUCGCUCCUAAUCGCGGAGUUCGGCGUGUGUCUGAUGAUCACCGCGUGGCCACAGUGUCUCGGCCUAAACCUGGACGAAACGGCUAUGGUCAAAGCGCUGCAGGGUAGCUACGGCGUCCCAGGCCACGAGCAGUUCACCGCCGCCAUGGAUCUGGCGCAAACCAUUUUUGAAUGCUGUGCCAUCAAUACGGCCAUCAACUACGACACCUCACUGUGGAAGUUGCAAAGCUUGGGCAAGAAGGAGCUGACCGUACCGCUCACUUGCUGCCGGCUGCAGAACCGUUACGAAUUUUCCGCAUAUCUGGAUCCGAUGCCGAGGAACUUAACCCUCUGCCAGGCGCUGCAACCACACGACUACGAAGGCAAUCGACAUUUGGACGGUUGUCUCCACAAAAUCGAGAUCUGGUACCGGGAGCAGUACUUCCUGUUUCUGUGCGCGGGCCUCAUCGUAGCCGUAGUCGAGUUCUGCGUGCUGCUCAGCAUCAUCCUCAGCUGUACGAAGCUACCCCGAAAGUCAGCCAGCAUGACACCGGAACGACUACCCCAAACGGCUGCACUUGUUCGGCCUGGACGGCUCGGAGUUCGGGACAACAUCUACGAACGGGACCUUCCAACGCCGCUCCCGGGUCCGACGAUCCGCGAGACGUAUCUGCAACCCAAAGAAUAUACCAAAGCCAGGCACGAGAUUCCAUUCAACACCGGAUCGCACUACUAUCAGAUCUCCAAGAGCUACCUGGUGUAGAAUGGUGGGAUAUGUGAAGUCAGAUUUCUUUAAAUGUAAUGCUAAAUAGAGGUUAAAUAAUAUCAGU